GUCGCCUGCCGCCGCCCGCCUAACACCAGCAAACUACCAGCCACCGACCAUUCAUAUAUAAGGUUCUGUAGCCAACAGGUUCUCGGGACGAUCUUUCUGUACCUUUAAACUUAGGAUAGGAGACGUCGCGCACCAUCCCCUGCGCAGUUUACCCCCAGUCUAGGCAGCACAGUUGUUAUUCAAGAACCGGUGGGUGCAGACGCUUCAUAUUCAGUCUCUGGUGUUUGUUGUGGAAAUGUAUUGAGGAAUUAGAAGAAUGAAUUUAACGUGGAUAAUUGCUUUGGUCGCGUGCACUGUGGCGUGUGCCAACAGUGAGCGCGGCGGUUCUUCACUCCGGGGAGCCCUUGAAGCCUUACAACGUCGUCAGCGAGGCCGCACACGUGGCCCUAUCAUACCAGAACCAGACUACGAUGCCCUGUAUGAGUUUAUACCGCCUCAAGCAUACCCAGAUCAAGAUUACCCCAUGGAUAUAGAAGACCUUGAUGAAGAACCCAAUUCCAAAUAUAUGGUUAAAUUACUCGAUGAAAACGACAGACCUCCGGGCGCUUACGAAUAUAAAGUGAUUAGAAAGAAGAACUUUCCUGAGUCAUCCUCAAAAAAGGAAUCGGCAUUCCGCGAAAGAGCUCAAAGUCCAAGCAAUGAAAAACUACGUGAUCUAUUCAUGGAGAAAGGAGAAGCUGAAAACAAAAACGAUCCUUCAGAUAUCAACAAGAAUGAUGCUGAAUACGCAUUAUUGCUCGGAGAACUGUGGUCAAAAUACAAAUACAACAAAAAUCACCCUAAGAAUACGGAAGCUAUACCGCAAGGUGUCGUAAAGCUAUACAAGGAUAAAGUUGUCAAAAAACGAUACCCUGAUAAUUGGGGACCCAUUGCCUUUAAAAAGAAACGCAGUUCGAAUUCAGAAACAAAUCAGAGGAUUUUAACCGAAUACGAUGAGGGAAAACAGAGACCAGUCACUGUGGACCCCAUUUAUAAUGGCUAUAAUAUUGACGAUGACGAUAAGGACGACUUACUUGAGGAAUACGCAAUUGCUUUUCAACCAUUAGAUGACGACAAUUUGUCUGAUUUGGCUGAUGAUGAUCAGUAUCCCUAUGAUAACGUAGAGAAACGAUUCCCGGUCUCGAAACGAAGCAGCGGUCCGUAUGAUUUCGGAAAUCAAAACAAACAAUUCACCCAAAAUCAAAAUAAGCGAGAAACGUCGAAGGCAUUUCGAAAUACCGGUACUGAUCCUAGGGUCAUAAAAGAUUUAUCAAAAAUUUUUGGGGAGCAGGACAUAAUUAAAAACCCAGUUAAACGUAGCAGUGACAACAUAGAAUUACAUGAAACCAAACCACCUAUAUUACCUAUACCACACAACCAUACUCUACUGGAUAAUUCGUCGAAACAAGAUGACGAUAGUCACGAACAUCAAGGACAUAACAUGCACCAUCCUGGAACAUCCGGUAAAGAAGCAGAACCCGACAACUCUACUGAUGACCAUAACGAUGGAGAAAGUGAAAAGCCAAUUACAGUUAGAAAGAAGUCUAUCGAUUGGUCCGACUACUUCGGUAUCGAUAAGCGUAACAAAAAGACAAAAAAAUUCGUUAACGAUUUAACUCAAGAUCGUUUAAGAAAACAAUACUUUAACACGUUCAAUAAGGAAGUCAUUUAUCCAUUAACAACGUUUCGCAAACACGACAAAGUGAAGAGAAACUUUAUUCAGCCUAAUUCUAACGAAGAAACAGAAAUACAGAUCGAUCGCACACAAGCUAUUGCGCUUAAGAAUGAUAAUAAAAGAAUUGCAAAGGACAACGACUCCAAAUUAGAUAACAUUGACAAGAAACUAAGGAACAUGGAAGGUUUGAUUGUUGAUGAAGCCUUACACUAUUCCAAUGGCGGGGAAGAACUGGAUUCUAAGGAAGAACAAGAAAUGAAAGAGAAGCUGCUAUCCCGUUUGGCUGCAGCCUAUAGCUUGGAAAAAAUGAGAAAAGCCUUAAAAGAAUUUAAGCAAAGCCUACAGACACAGAAGCUAACAGCAUCCGCCAUUCCGGUUGAAGAAGGCAAAGCUAAAAGGGUUGCUGUAAAAAAAGAGCUUUUGGACAAUGAAAUAUCGGCAUCAAACAAAAACCAGCUAAACGAUGACUUUGAAGAUGAACAAGGCGCUGGACAUUACUUAAAUGGAAAAAUCGACGAACAAUUUUCAGAGGGAUACAUGGGCGGUAGCGGCAGGCAUCGGGUCCCGGUAAUCUCAACAGGUGGACCAUCUGGAUCGUGCCCUGUGUUAGCAAAAAUUAUACAACGAUGCCGUGGAGUAGACUUGCUGGCUGGUGACAGAGGCCAGUUGUUCCUCCCCCUUUGCAGUCUACAUCAAAUCUGUUAUUUAUGCGGCGAAGCACCACCUACAACCUGCGACUUAGUAUUUAUAUCUGAAGCUGACACUGCAUGUGAUGGAGAUUCGAGCUGCCAACGAGCAGCUAGAUCUGCGCUCAUGGCUCUUCGAGAACUACAUGACAAUUUGGCCGACGAAAUGGAUGGAGAAUGCGAGGCAAGCCCCUGUCUCCCGGCAACCCUUAAAUUAAACCUCGGCUGGCAGAGAGCCCUUCAUUAUGGAUCCCACGUAAGACCUGAUUUGGUAAUUAGCGUUCAGCCGCAAUCACAUGGAACUCGUGCAGAAUUACCAGUGACUACGGUCAACUGGCGCUCCAACCCUCGAGGUCAGUUCAUCCCGGUACAUGGAUUGGACUUUCUAAUUGGAGUUUCCAGUCUUCUAAUACAACAGACCGUUGAGCUUGAUGAUCUGACUUCAAAAAUAGAAUCGGAGAAUCGUUACAUAGUGAGGGUACCGAAUGGAGAAGCUUUGUACAUCGGCAACGAAGUGUCGUGUCCAACUCAGAGAUGUAUCUGUGGGAAUGGUCGAGCCUUUAUGAUGCAUCUUCAUGACAACACGAGGCAAGAGGCCAUGGUGCUGAAGCGAAGGUUGGCAGGGGCAUCUUGUUUGUGGCCUUGUCGACUGCAAGAAAUGAAAGUGAUAACGCCUCCAGGCGACUACGUGGGACGUAUCCAACAAAGCUGUACAUGGAUGAUACCAGAGUACAGGGUUAGGGACGCCAACGACCAGACCCUGUUCAUUAUUGAAGGUCCAGCCGUAUUGAAGAGAAGUGCUUUGAUGUUAUCCGAGUUUAAGAUUCUGACUGCAGAUUCCUCGAGAAUCGUGGGACGGAUAGCCCAUGGCUGGGAUCGUAAUCUCGUCAGCUUCGCGACAACUCUCCAAAUCCCUGAUACAGCUGUACAACCUAAACAUAAAGCAUUGCUACUGGCCGCUACGUUUUUAUUGGUUAGCUUAAAUUUUGAUCCUGAUGAUAGGUUUAGAUCCACGUUUUUUUCCUACCUAUACUGGUAAUCUCGAGAGGUUAUGCCAGCUGAACUAAACGAGUACGUGAACUCACGGAGCUCUAACCUGGUGAAAGACCUAACUUGAAAUAUAGCGGUUACUGAAGACCACAGACAAACCAACAUAUGUACUAAAUAAUUUUACGUCAGUUCUUUUUAGCUAAUAAGCUUUGUAAGAUUUCACCCACAGCUUAAUAUGUACUAUCCUAGCAAUAAUAACAUCCUAUCAAAUAAUAUUGAAUAUCAUUUAGCAUUUCAGCUAUCCAAAAGUCUGGUCCAUUCCAUUUUGAUUCUUCAAUUUUUUACAGGAGUACACAUAUUUUGAAAGAACAAAA